CGGCCGCACCCAUUUAUAUACCUGCCGUCCCUGCCUCCUUCCUCCACACCGUGUCACAGCGCUGCUCUUUUUUCCCCCUCUGCUCUCGUUCUCGACUCGUCUCGUCUGAUCGGGGUUUGGACUUCAUUCGGGAAGAAGAUCAAAUCAUGGAGGCAUACUUCUUGUUCCACAGCGGUCGGGCCUCCGCGUGCGCGGAGCAGGAGGAGGACAUCGGCGCGCCGUCGGACUCCGAGUCCCCGUCCACGUCCAUGUCCAGGGAGUCCGCGGGCUCCUCCUCCUCGUCGGAGCUCGACGACGACGCCACCAGCACCUCCUCGGGCUCGGACCCGGACCGCUUCGAGAUGUCCGCGCUCAUGACGCAGCUCCCCUUGAAGCGGGGCCUGUCCAGGUUCUUCGACGGCAAGUCGCAGUCCUUCGCCUCGCUCGCCGCCGUGGGCUCCCUGGAGGACUUGCCCAAGCCGGCGGCCCGGAAGCGCAUCAAGCCGUCGCGGAGCUGCGGCGGCGCCCUCGACGCGCACAACCGCGGCCGCUUCCUCUCGCCGCGCAGGCAUUGCACCAAGCCCAAGCCCGCCGCCGCCAGGAAGCAGGCGGCCGCGAGGAGCGGCGCGCUGUCGGUUUUCGCGGUCGCCGCCGUCGCGCCCAGGAUGCCGCCGUCGGUGACGAGGCCUGAGGGCGUGGCCGCCAAGGUUCUCAUCGUUAAUUGAGACACGGAUCGGCGGACGCUGCCUGAGCUCAACGUUGACGCACACGACACGCGCGCCUUGAUGGGGUUCGCUGUCGCAGGCACAGCUACGCACCGCCGCAUCACACCCCUGCCUGAACUAACAGCCAAAUCAGUGGCAUUCUGUUCCGUUUUUUGUUCUUGUUUCCCGAUGCGUUUGUGGUCUUUGUAGACUGACCACUUUGUAAUGAAAAUCCACAGUUCAAUUAGAAUGGACUUUUAGUUGGAAACUCA